ACCCUGAAAUUUACCCAAUCAGAUCUCGCUUCUUUGGCAUUCCAAUUUUUGUUGUCUUCAUGGUUAUCCCUAAAAUUUCCAUCUUUCGAUAUUCCCAAUAAUUUCCCUCUAUCUUUCUCCCUCCUCUCUUAAACUUACUCCAUGGAUCAUAGACCGCAUGAUCUUUCAUCGAUUCUAGCUCAGAAAACCUCGAAUUCCUACUAUCUCAUAAACCAUUCCUCGGUAUGGCUCGAAAUCCGCCUCUUUUACGUUCGAAUCGCGCCGUGCCUUGUCGACAGCGUUCCCGACCACCUCACUCUCUGCCACAUCCCCCGUGAGAUCGGUGUCUCCCUCGAGAUCAAUGGCUCUCGUGUGCCGGCCUCCGAUUCCGCGGUCAUUACCCUUCGGCGCUAUCGUAUCAACCGGGAAGCGUCCGAGGUCACUUAUUUGAGCACCAAUAGCGUCCGCGUCACGGGCGGGGUUGAAUUCGAGGCCUACGAGGAUGAAAAGAAAGUGUUGUUGUGUGGGUCGUUGGAAAGGAUGGAAGGAGAGUGGAGCAUGGACUGUUAUCAGGCGGCAGCGGCUACGGAGCUUGGGAAAUCGGCUUUUUUUCAGCCCGAGAUGGGUGUUUCCGCGGCGGGUAUUGAAGUUUAUAUCGCGGGGUGUUGUGCUGGUACGCCGGUUAUAUUGACUAAGACUCUACUUAUGAUCCCUCAGAAGAAUGGCGUAUCGAGGUUUAACUGGAUGUUGGAUGCAAUCCCCGAGGACGACGAGCUCGGGAAAGGGAACGAUAAGGGCGGCGAUGGGUUCAUUAGACACCGGAAAUUGCAGCUUACAGAUGCCGAUGGUGGAGACUACGACUCCUAUGGGAAAAUUGGACAGAGUCAGUACGCCGAAGAAAUGUAUGCCGGUGAGGAUGGCCAACUUUCAUGGUUCAAUGCCGGAGUCAGAGUUGGUGUUGGAAUCGGCCUCGGAGUGUGCCUUGGGGUUGGGGUCGGAGUUGGACUGCUUAUGCGAUCGUAUCAAGUAACUACUCGGAAUAUCAGGAGGAGGUUUUUCUAAGACAGAUCUCUUCAUUUAUAAAGGAAAAAGGAUAUAUUCCAGUAUUUUGAUAGCAGUCUGGAAGGUGUCAAGUUUGCAGGCCAGAAAUUUGUUGCUUGAGAUGUGAAGUUGCUCUCGAGUAUCGGCUCACGGCAAUAGUAUUUACGUCUUCAAUCCCUCCGCAUCUUACUGGACUAUGGAUUGUAAAUUUAGCUGUUUUUUAUAUAUAUAGUUGUUCAGCAGUUGGUUUGUGGAUGGUCUGUCGGAAGAUCAUAUGCUUGUUGUUUUUGUAGGUAAUAUAGAAGUUGUAUGUUUUGUAUGAAA